AUGUCGAACCGAACAGUAUACUUCGUCACCGGCACGACCCAGGGCCUAGGAUACGAAUUUGUCCGGCAACUACGAGACCGCCCUGGAGCCAUCGUCUUUGCUACGUCUCGCGAUCCGGACCGAGCAACUCGCCUAUCAUCCCUGACCGACAAAGGGAACGUGCAUAUCGUCAAGAUCACCAAGCAGCCCGAAUCCGUCGACGAAGCGCUCGCAGUCGCAGAAACAGUCAAAAAGUUAGCGGGCAAAGUCGACGUCGUGAUCGCCAACGCCGGCAUCAUCCAUCAUGAAACCAGCAUCGCGGAUUCGCCAAUGGACAUGUACCAGCAAUUCCUCGACGUCAAUUUGCUGAACAACAUCGCCAUCUUCAAGGCCCUUCGACCCUUGAUGCUGGAGUCGGCUCGGCAGGGCGGGACUCCUAAAUUCGUCGCCGUCAGUACGCAAUACGGAUCCCUGAGCAUGGUCGAGGAUCUGCCCGGCCAGUCGUCGGCGUACGCGAUUUCCAAAGCCGCGUUGAACAUGUUCAUCAGGCAUGUCGCGUACGAAGAGAAGAAGAACGGCAUCGUGGCGUUUCCCAUACAUCCCGGUGUCGUUGCGACAGAGACAGUGGAGCCACUUGCGAAGAGAAUCGGGCUUGCCACGAUCGAGCCGGCGGAGAGUAUUGAAGGGAUGAUGAAGAUUGUCGAUUCGAUGACGGUGGAAGACGAGGUUCGUUUGUGGAGAUAUGACGGCGCUCAGCUUCCAUGGUGA